AGGGCGUGGAAGAAAACUGCAAAUGUUAUGAGACUAAAUGUGAAGUCUCCAUCUACUCCUGUUGCCGAAAAUAAGGUUAGAUUUGUUUGUAUGUCGGAUACUCACUCUCUGACGUCACAUAUUAAACAGAGUAUACCGGAUGGAGAUGUGUUUAUCCAUGCUGGGGAUUUCACACGCUGUGGCUCAGUUUCUGAGGUCAGGGAUUUCAACGCCUGGAUAUCUAAGCUGCCACAUAAACACAAGAUUGUUAUCGCCGGGAAUCACGAGCUAAGCUUUGACAAUUCAUUUCAAGGGUUGAAUAUGGAAACCACAAACUGUAGAUCCGAACAUCUUGGAAACUCUCCGCUACAUAUAUCACAGAAAAUGUUGUAUACCCCCACCUCAGCUUCGGCAGAAGAUAAGGAACCUGUUAACAGUACAGCAACAGAGAUGCAGAAAGAAUUGACGGAGUGUACAUAUCUAGAGGAUAGCGGCAUCGUACUCUACGGACUUAAUAUCUACGGUACGCCCUGGCAGCCUGAGUUUGGGAACUGGGCCUUUAACUUAGUACGUGGAGAACAAUGUUUACAGAAAUGGAAUCAGAUCCCUGAAAACACAGAUAUCUUGAUAACACACUCUCCUCCAGUUGGGUUCGGAGACCUGUGCAGUACGGGUAUACGAGCUGGUUGUGUAGAUUUGUUAAACACGGUUCAACUUAGGGUUAAACCUAAAUAUCAUGUAUACGGGCACAUACAUGAAGGAUAUGGGAUUCGAUCUGACGGCCAGGUCGUGUACGUGAAUGCCUCCACAUGUGAUAUCAACUAUAUUCCUUGCAAUCCUCCGAUUGUCUUCGAUAUAAACCUUCCAGCUGGCCAAACCAAAUCAUAAAGUACUGUUUUCAAUAUUUUUAGUUUUUAUCAAUAAUUAGGACAGGGGUGUAUAUUUUCUACUUUUGUAUCCGAAGAUAAUUUGAGAGUUUUCGCGAAAAUUUAAAAACAAAAUUCAUACUUAUUCCAAAAAUCACUUGAAAAUUCUGGAAAAUAAAUGCCCCUUUUUAUAUUUACUUUAUUUACGGAUGCCUUUAAACAUAUUGUUCUGGACUGAUCGGUGACCACUCUAUUUCCUAUAUUGUUCUAGACUGAUCAGUGAUCACUCGUAUUUCAUAUAUUGUUCUAGACUGAUCAGUGAGACUGAUCGGUGACCACUCUAUAUAUUGUUCUAGACUUAUUAGGGACCACUCUAUUUUAUAUAUUGUGGCUGCCUAAUGCGAGCUUAAUUUGAAAUGUUACAUUCAUUCAAUUUCAAUUUAAUUUAAAAUAUUCUCUUUGUAUUCUCGUCUUCCCCGAAUUUAAAUGUUAAUUUUCUUCUAAUACUCGACAAUUGCAAAGAACCAGGAAUUAAUGGCGGACCCAAUAAGCCGGUUAUAGCUGACACAAAAGACAUUCCAAAAUAAAAUCUAUUCCGCCACUUUCAAGCCAACAUUGUAAAUACUGUUCUCUUAAUGUUCAGAGUGAAAUCGAGAAUUAGACCUUGGAUUAUCAACAUAUUUAGUUAAAGUCAUUAACGAUUUACAAGUUAAGCUUCUAUUAAUUUCAUUUUUUUGGAACCAAAUAGAAAUGCCGUAAAAAUCCACGAGUCUUUAAUCCAAAAUAGGUUUUGUUGUUAAAAGUAUGAUUGAGAAUCGUGUAUGGUAUUUUUGAAUGUAAAGAGUUCCGGAAAAUUUUGUUGAAAGGCCCUUUAAGGUCCAAGGAUUAGUUUUUAAAAUCUUUAUGCUCGUCUGUAAGUUUUGGUUCCCCAUUAAAUUAAAUACAAUUAGUUGUUUUUACAAUCCAAUCCCUUUAAACUGAUCAAGUACAAUAGUAUUUUAAUCAAUAUUUUCAGUAGGACAUCUUCUUUAAAAUCCUUCCUUCUCUUUCCCUCUCCAAUGGUUUGUGGAGGUCACUAAAUGUUUUGUCAUAAAAUGAUAAAAUUAAAUGAUUUCUAUAAUAGGGGAUUACAAGGGAAGGGGGAGAGGACUUUAAUGAAUAUAAACCACUGAUAGUUUUGUAAAAUAAACUGGAUUAUUAUACACUGGAAUUGAAAUUACUGCAUUUUCUCACAUAAAAAAAUACACUGAUCUCUGCAACAUGCCUCAAUAUAAUUGUAAAAUUUUUAUGUUUUUAUUUUUUUGUGAAAAUUUUGAAUUAAAGAGAAAUAAAGGUACAUCUUAAA